GUAAACGCAACGCCAGCUACUAAUUUCUUGUUCCUACCCGGACAUUGAAAUGGAUGCACACCAAAACAUGGCGGCUAACAUAGAAGAAAUGUUCCAAGAUUUUAUAUUGAACAAAAUCAAAGAAAUCGAAGGGCAGAAUGGAGAUGGGCCUGGUGCAGACAAAGUGGACUGUGUCAAUAAAACGGACGAACCAGAGCAUAACAGUCCCACGAAAGACAAAAGCGACAAUCUCAUAUGCAGUGAAUCUGAGAAAAAGCAAAAAGAGAGCAAAAGUAAGGACAAAGAAAAGAACCCAGAAGAGGAGAACAGCUCUGAAUCUGGACCAGAAAAGGAGAGCGAGGCUAAACAUUUACCAAGAUGUGAAUCCCAAACAUCAGGAAAAAAGGAGAAAGGUGAGUCCAAAGGCCACAAGCACCACUCAAGUGCUAAGAAAAAGAAGAAGAAAAAUAAGAAAAGGAAGAAAAGGACAAGCGGAGGAAACACGACAGACUCGGACUCAGAGCUUGUGUCGAAGCAAAGCGACUGUGGUAAAAGCCUCCCACACAGACAAGAGGAGCUACCUGACAUAAUCCCCAAACAGGAGUGCCCAGAUAAAAGAAAAGGAUCUGAGGAAAAAGAAGGGCCGAAGACUUCCGAUUCACCAUCACAUUCCUGUUCUCAGUCCCAUUCCCACUCAGAGAAAAACUCAGAGAAAAACUCAGAGAAAAACAGCUCCCAUUCUGGGUCUAGUCACCAAUGUCAAGAAUCAAGCACCCCCCCCCAGCCUACUUCACAACCCGACAGGACUAGCUCCAGUGCGGACGCUGGUAGCUCCUCUGACAAAAAAGAAGAUGAGGACAAAUCUGAGCAGAUCGCAAAGUCUCCUUCGAAGCAUCUUCAGGAACAAGAGCACAACAACGGAGAGGAGAGGACCCAGUCAAGUAGGACUGCAGAGCCUCAAAACCCGGAACUGAGGGAAAAACCUGAAGAGAAAAAAGAAAAGAAAGAAAAAACAGAAAAAACGGGUAGAGAAGAAAAGAAGGCACCGGUCCAAGUCUCCGCACAAAAACCAAGACGAAAAGGCUUCGAAGAGGAAGAAAAAAAGAUCCAAGUCACCUCACAGGAGCUACAGGAGAAGAUCCAGAUCCAGAUCCAGGAGCCCUUCAGUAAGGAGGAGAUCACGAUCACGGUAGAGUCGGUGGACCGGAAACGACGAAGGUCCCGUUCACGGUCGGUGGACCGGAAACGGCGAAGGUCGCGCUCGCGGUCAUUGUCGCGCAGUCGGAGGUCCAGAAGGUCCAGCUACAGCCAGAGGGACCGCUGGAAACGCGAGCCGAGCCACUCCCCGGUCCUCAUCCUGCGCAAAGAUCGAUCCCCGCCUCGGAAGAGGAGGAGUCGCAGCACCAGCCCGAAGCGCAUCACCGAACACGAUAGAAACCACCUGCUGGAAAUCGCCAAGGCGAAUGCCGCAGCGAUGUGUGUCAAAGCCGGGAUGCCCAUCCCGGCCAGCCUUCAAUCGACAAUGAAUCCCUACGCUCUCCCAAAUAUUUCCAUGAAUGCUGCUGUGGCUGGGAUGACUGCUGCCACUGUGACCGCGGCUUUGUCGAACAUGAGUACACUUGCUUCGCUGAUGCCAAAUUCCUCCUCUGGCAGCAAGUCGUCCGGCACGUCCAACAAUGCUGCUCUGGAGGAAGCGAAGAAGAAAUUCACUAAACAGGCCAACAGCAUCAGCAUUAAGGAGUUCACUGAUAAAUGCAAGAUGAUUGCGGACAGUGCAGGAGAGCUCCCCACUGCGACGCCUCAUAUUUCGGACGACGAGGAGGAUGAAAAGCCUUUAGUAGGAGCGGCCAUUCGAGAGCAAAAAGUCAUCAACUUCAACAUUAACAGCGCGGCAGUUCGUCCUUCAGUGAGCGUCGACACCGGCAAGGCGAAAGAGUUUCCCGUGUCUUCAGGAUCUCAACACCGUAAGAAGGAGGGAGAGGUAAUGGGCGCGUACGGAGAGUGGGUCCCGGUCGACAAAGCGACCGAAAAAGCUCCGACCACAUCCCGAAAGGCCGUUCCAGCAGCCGCCGCGGCCGUCUCCUCCCCGCCGAGUGAAGCCGCAGCGAGCGCUGCCGUACCCGAGGUCAAACAGCCAGAAGUUGUGACCAGCGACAGCGUUUUUCCCGAUACUCCACUAGAGCCAGUAGAUAUAACUCAGGCUGUCACUGAGAGAAUCAAAGCUCAGAGGCGCCUGGCUGAAAACCCCAACGACGUCAAUGCCAUUUGCAUGCUCAACCGGGCACAAGAACAGGUGGAUGCGUGGGCCCAAUCCAGUUAUGUUCCCGGUCUUUUCACGGGGUCCACUGGAGCCCAGGUCCUUAGCUCCGAGGAGCUGUCGACAAGUGGACCACAAGCGUGGCUCAAGAAGGACCAGUUCCUCAGAGCUGCUCCAGUAUCAGGAGGCGUCGGCGAGUUCCUGAUGAGAAAGAUGGGCUGGAGGACCGGAGAAGGGUUGGGGAGAAACCGCGAGGGCACAGUGGAACCAAUCGUCAUCGACUUCAAAGUCGACCGAAAAGGUUUGGUUGCGGAAGGGGAAAAGCCACAAAAGCAAACGGGAGGACUGGUUAUAACCAAGGACCUAAUGGGAAAGCACCCCGUCUCUGCUCUUAUCGAAUUAUGUAACAAAAGACGCUUCGCGCAGCCCGACUUUGUUUUGGUUCACCACAGUGGUCCAGACCACCGCAAGAAUUUCCUUUUCAAGGUAACAGUAAACGGCGUGGACUACCAACCCCAGACCGCUAGUCCCAAUAAGAAACAUGCCAAGGCCAUGGCAGCAACAGUUGCACUGCAGGCGUACGGAGAGGUUCGUGCUGAUGGUCCAGGACUCUACACCGGGCCCGUCUUUACCGCGGCGUCAACCGGCCCACUUUUCUCUACGUAGAAUUUCAAGCGAUAUUGGAUUUUUUUUUCACACCUUUUUUUGAUUGCAGAGCUUUUGAUUCAAGGAAGCGUAUAAUGUAUUUGACUUAAAGAAGGUUGUUUUUUU